CGAAGCUCGCCGGUCCCUCUCUUGCGCAAACUCUUUUCUCCCAUUCCAGUGGCGUUCUGAUUGCCCUACCGCGCCCUAUACUAGCAGGCAAAUCCCAUAUUGAAUGGUUGCGUGGUGAUGGUGAUCUGAUUUCCGUCGGUGGGUCUUCACCAAUUCUCCGUGUUCACAGCUCCCCGGCUUGCGCACCACUAUGGCAUCUUUUCAAAAUGGCUAUGUGAACGGCUCUACCGUCGCGCUGGACAAUGUAGCUAAUGCGCCUCCCGCAAAUCUUCGCUUCUCCGAUAUCCCUUCUGCCAUCGAUAUCCCGGCAUCCUCCUUUGACACCGAAGUCGAAAUUAGCCUUGAAGAACUCCCCGAAGAUCCCACCGAGCUCUGUACUCUCCUUGACAAUGAGCAGGCCACAAAGAAUUUUUGGGUGAUAAUCUCUCUUGCUUAUGCUAAGCACAAUCAACUUGAUCUCGCUAUCGAGAUCCUCAAUCGUGGGAUUGCGUCUCUAUCUCAUGGCGCGUCGGUGGAGAAGCUCGGCUUGCUGAACUGGAUCUGUUGGUUAUACUUGCUCAAGAGCAGGCAGGCUCCGAGAGUCGCUCCGGAAGGACAGUUGCUGUCCGAAGCGAGAACAAAAGAUUACUAUCUUCAAGCCGCAACCGCUACCCUCAAUGAGGCCACUCGGAUGAACCCGGCUUUCCCACCGCUCUUCCUCGCGCGCGGUGUCCUUUCUCUCCUCCGUGCAUCUUUACAGCCUCCAGCAAAGCCGAUCAGACCCGGCACUGUCGACACCUCCGAGAGAGUAGAAUCUCUGCGACAAGCGUUGAAAUGUUUCGAUGAAUCCUCCAAGGCUCUCGGGAAUAGAAAUGUCAUGGCUAUACUGGGUCGAGCAAGAGCCCAGUACAUGUUGGGACGCUACGCUGAAGCUCUGGAAGGGUAUCAGGAUGUCCUGAUGAAAAUGCCAAACAUGACAGAUCCUGAUCCGCGAAUCGGUAUCGGUUGCUGCCUAUGGCAGCUUGAUUUUAAGGACCAGGCUAAAGCAGCUUGGAACCGCGCCCUUGCUCUGAAUCCCAACUCCAAAGUUGCAAACAUCCUCCUCGCUGCGUAUUACCUUUACGAUAGCUCUCGUCACGCAACAACCGAUCCUGCCUUUGGGUCCUUAUACAAGCUUGCCAUGACUCAAUACACCCAAAAAGCGUUCAAACUUGAUAAGGAAUACCCAUUGACUUGCACUAUGUUCGGCGGCUAUUUCCUCCUCCGCAGGCAUUUUCCGACGGUUGAGGCACUUGCAAGGAAAGCCAUUGAGCUCACUGAUGUCAAUGCCAUUGCUAGUGAUGGUUGGUAUUUGCUCGCACGUAAAGAACAUGAAGAGGGCGAUCCGUCGAAGGCGCAGGAAUACUACAAUCGAUCCGACCAGGCAAGAGGCGGUUCGGAUAAAGGAUAUCUCCCCGCUAAGUUCGGAGCUGUGCAGAUGCAGAUCAAGGCACAUGACAAAGAUGGGGCAAAAUUUCGGCUUGAAAAGAUAUUCCAGCAGAAGAAAAACCCGGAAGCGAUGACGCUGCUAGGCUCUCUUUAUGCUGAAGAAAUAUUUGAAGCCCUGGCUAGCGGUAAUAAAGAAGAUAAAUCCACCGAAAUUAAGAAGGCCAUUGGUCUCCUUGAAGCUGUACGCGCCUCGUGGAAGGAUGAGAAGAAGAAAAUAUCUCCGGAUAUAUCCGUACUGCUCUACCUUGCUCGCUUGUAUGAGACCAGCGCUCCGGAGAAGAGCAUGCAAUGCCUUUCUCAGAUUGAACAGAUACAACUUGCCCAAAUUCCACAAGAGGAUAGACCGGAUAAUGUUGAAGAUGAAGAAACGAUGACCAACAUCCUCCGAGAACGUUUGGCUCCUCAGCUACUCAACAACAUGGGCUGCUUCUUCUAUCAGGCCGAUAAAAUUGAACAAGCUCGAAAUAUGUUCCAAACCGCUCUCAACGCCUGUGUGAAAACACAGGAGAAAGAUGAUGGAACCGAUACGGAUGCGCUUGUUACAACGAUCAGUUACAAUCUCGGGCGUACGUACGAAACUGCGGGAAUGCCAGAAGAAGCCGAGAAAGUAUACAAAGGACUUUUGGAAAGGCAUAGUGACUACACCGAAGCUAAUGCCCGUCUCACGUAUAUGGCACUCCGUCAGAGCCCAACUGAUGAAGGGCCAAAGAAGAUGGCAAAGCUGUACGAAGCAGAAGCUACCAACUUGGAAGUCCGCGCCCUUUUUGGAUGGUAUCUCAAUAAAUCAAAACGUCGAACUGCCAAUAUCGCGGAAGAUCAUGAGCAGCGACAUCAUAAACAUACUCUUCAAGGUUAUGACAAACACGAUCGAUACUCCUUGACCGCUAUGGGUAACAUACACCUAAUGGUGGCUCGAGACAUGAGACGGGAUGGAGAGCAAGAUCGAGAAAAGCGUAGGAAGGUAUACGAACGAGCCGUUGAAUUUUUCGAUAAAGCCCUUCAACUAGACCCGAAGAAUGCAUAUGCCGCCCAAGGAAUUGCAAUUGCAUUGGUUGAUGACAGAAAAGAUUAUGCAUCAGCGGUUCAAGUAUUUUCUAAAGUUCGAGAUUCUAUACGGGACGCAAGUGUUUACCUGAACUUGGGACACGUCUUUGCAGAACUAAGGCAAUUCUCCAAGUCUAUUGAAAACUAUGAGAUUGCUCUCUCAAAAGAUAGGGCCAAGGACCCACAGAUUCUCUCUUGCCUUGGCCGCGUAUGGUUCCUGAAAGGCAAACAAGAGCGAAGCAUCACUUCGAUGAGGACCGCUUUGGAGUAUGCGGAACGUGCUCGCGCCGUGGCCCCCGAACAGAAGCAUCUUGACUUCAACAUUGCUUUCGUCCAAAACGAAAUUGCUCAUCUCGCCUCGAAUCUUCCAGAGACGCAAAAGACGUCCCAGGAGAUCGAAGAAGCCCUGAGCGGACUCGACGAAGCCGUGGUGACAUUUGAAAAAAUUGCAAAAGCACCGAAUCCACCUUAUCCGCCUAUCUCACUUGAACAGCGAGCGAACAUGAUCAGAAACACAACAAUCAAUCAACUUCAGCGUGCUUUACAAAGCCAGAAAGAGUAUGAAGAAAAGAAUGCCGCCAAGUUGCAACAAGCUCGGGAGGCCCGUGACGCUGAACAGAGACGACGAGAAGAAAAACGGCGUAAGGCCGAGGAGGCCGAAGCAGAAAGGAAGCGCCAGAUUGCGGAAGAGAGACAGCAGAUGGUCGAAGAGGCCCAGCGGCUUGCUGCUAUUCGGGCUGAAGAAGAGAAGGCAAGAGAAGCUGCUGAGUACACUACUGACUCCGAGACGGGAGACAGGGUUAAAAGGAAGAAGGCUUCUGGUGGCAAGCGAAAAAAGAAAGGAGAAGAUGGAGAACGAGAACCGUCGAGGAAGUCCAGAGCUAAGAGCGCAGCUAGCUCACGCACACCUGCCACUUCCGAUGCCGAAGACCAGCCCGCUCCAAGAAAGCGAAGACGUUUGGAAAGAAGAGCGACGGCCAAGUCAAGUAAAUACAAGAGCAGCGAGAUUGUUGUUGAGUCUGAAAGCGACGAAGAGACAGGCGCUCCAGCUAGCAACGGUAGCCCGCCAACUGCAGACGAACGAGAUGAGAGGAUGCGUGACACCGGCCACCUCGAUGAAGACGGCGAAGAUACCCUGGUGUCGCGUCGGCGUAAGAAGGUCAAUUUACGGAUAGAAGAUGAUGAGGAUGAGGACGAGGGAGAGCACGACGACUUAUUCGAUGAGAAGCCGGGAAGCGAAGGGGAAGAAGCCAAGGCAGGUGAUGAUAUCGGUGUAGAUGCCGAAAUGAAGGACGCAGAAGACGAGGAAUGAGCCUUUCACUUUACUUCAAAUGAGGCCAUUUCCAGUCCUUCAUCGCUAUUCACUCAUAUCUUUAUGUCCACUUUGCGAUAUUUCUUUUUUUAUGAACCUUCGAUUUACUCUUGUCUGGACUCUUAUUUCCCCCUUUAGCUCUCUCCCGGGUGUAGGACAAAACAUGGACAGGCGUUUCGUUCUUUGUCUUUUAGCAGUAUUUCUUGUAUCUGGUCUACAUGUAGUGUACACUAUGGCUAAUUAAGAAGAAUGACAUUUACUGCUUUUGCAUAGAA